UGCAUAAUGAGAUGUACUUUGCUCACUCGCAGAUCUGCAGAUUUCUGAGCAUUAUCAUUUUAGCGAACAAUUAUAAGAAUUGGGAGAGAGUGAUUGGCAUUCCUGGAUAAGUCUUGUUUGGACAAGGUUGAGAAAAAUGUUCUCCAAAGGAGGUGCGGUGGUUUUGACCGUUCUGGUUAUUAGUUUAACGGUCUCUCUAACACAAGGAGCUCCAAAGCCUCAAAGUUCAUCUUCCGCGGCUGCUGCAGCCGCCUCCGGUGGCGGUGGUGGGGGCAGUUCAUCGGCCAGUUCUUCCGCGGCAGCUUCCGGAGGUGGGGGUGGUUCUUCAUCUGCCGCGGCAUCCGCUGCAGCUGCGUCGAAUGGUGGUGGUGGCGGAUUUGGAGGAGGUAGGCGUCCCGGAGGCGGUGGUGGAGGGCCGUGGGGUGGACGACCAGGGGGUGGAUUUGGACAGAGUGGACCAGGAUUUGGAGGCAGUGGAUUUGGGGGAGGUCCGUACGGAGGCUUUUAUGGGGGACGAGGAGGUGGAUUUGGUGGAGGAUUUGGGGGAGGUCCAUGGGGUUAAAUUAUGCAUAAUUAGAUGCAUGGCUCUCUCUGAUGAGCUGUAAAUAAAUCUGAGACUGUUCACAAAGAA